AUGUCAUCUCAAAGUCAUCAAUCCCAUGAUUUGCUUUAUGCUACCUUGACACCUAAAUUCAAUUCAUCUACCAUAAAUCAAUCUAUUCAAUCUCAUCAAUUUUAUUCAAAAGCAAAUCUUAGUACGAAUUUCAAUCAUUCAACUCCUUCUAUAAUUUGUUCUUCACCUAUCUCGACCCAAUCUAGUUCAUAUGAAACUCUCAAAGAACUUCAUGCUAGGUUCAUCAAAGCUAGACAGUCUUCAAGAAAUUCUUAUCCUAUCAGGCAAAAACAUUUGAGAAAAGAGUCUAGCACGCAUAGGUUUUAUGAGCGUACAAAACAAAAUCAAGAGUUUCGGAAGAUAGAUGGAUUUGACGUCACCUCUGAACCACACUCGAGUUUCAACAAUGAAAGGACCCGAACGAUGGGAUUUUUUGACUUGUCUCCUCAAUUAACGAGGUUUUACCUCGAAGGUUCCCAACCUGAAGAAAAGAAUUUCAAUCACCAAGCAUCAAAUUCCAUUUCAAGCCAGCAUUCUGAUAACAUCAAAAAAUCGUCUAGUAUCAACUGGCAAUCUUGUAAAACAAAUUUGAAAACUCUUGAAAGAUUUGGUUUGAAUCAAAGUCCUAUUGAAUUCGCCAAUAUAUCUACAUUUGAAGUUGAUCAGAAGCCCAUCAGAACAACCAGUGAGCCAUUAUGGUUCGCGAUGUCACCGCUCUCAUCCGAACUAGAGUGGCAAGAAGGUCAAAUCAAUUCAGAAGAAGAAACUGAUGACAGAUCAGAUUGGUCAAGUCUCCUUGAUGAUGAUGAAAUCGAAGAAGAAGUUCUUUCAAAUACUUCACUUUCGCCUAUAGAUAUCCCUGGUACCAAACGGAUUCUACCUAUUUGUAGUUCACCACUUUCAACUAGUGCUUCUGAUGGAUCUACUCAGAUUGAUACUUUAUCUGGAAGUGAUCCUAAUACGUUCUAA